UGAUAGCACUCUUAAGUUAUCAGUUCUCUUGUGUUGUUUUUACGAAAUUUUUUGUUUUACACAUUCCAUACAUUGUAAUCAUAGACCACCUAAACCAGACGAGCAAAUAUGUCAUUGAUCAACUACACAGAAAAAGGAAAACUUUUCAUUGGACCUUUAAAAAUAGAUGUUCGCUGUUCAUGCACGAAUUACAGCGAUAUUAUUCAAUUAAAGAACAUCCUUUGAAACUUUUACAGGUUUUACAUCAUGUUCAUCUAGAAUCCGCUCACGUUGUGAAAAAAAGAAGCAUUACCCAGCCACUUAGAAUUAAGCUUUUUUACGACAGUAGUGUGUAUAGGUUGCCUAAGGACAAAUUUGAUAUGAUUAAUAAUACCAUCCUUCCCCAAGCAGUGGAUUAUUGGCAGAAAGCAUUAUUUGUUAGACCCAUGAAUGUACCAAUCAGGCUAAACAGAAAAUGUCCAAAGAAUCAGGCCUUUUUCCCAGAGCAAGAUAGGAAACAACAAUAUUGUGUUGAGCAUUGUGAGAAUGUGACAACAUGUGGAGAAGUUGUGGUUCCCGAGGAACAUUUGGAGUGGUGCAGGGUAUGUAAUGCAGCAGGACAUCACUGCCGGUCACAAUAUCAUCAAAAACAAAAGGGACAAGGCAUAAGGGAUGCAGACUUUGUGUUUUAUGUUUCAGCUAUGGAAACGGACCGCUGUUACAAAGGUCAGACUGUAGCUUAUGCUUCUCACUGCCAGCAGGAGAUGGCUCUAGAUAGACCUAUUGCAGGCCAUGCUAAUUUGUGCCCCAAUUCAAUCUCAACUAAAUCUCAAGACCUGGAUACUCUGCUUUCAACAGUUAAGCAUGAAAUACUCCAUGCUCUGGGUUUCUCUGUAAGUUUGUAUGCCUAUUUCCGGGAUAAAAAUGGUAACCCACUUACACGUCGAGGCUCUAAUGGAAAACCACAAGUUAACAAAGAAUUGCAGGCUCACCAAUGGAGUGAUCGUAUCAUAAAAAAAAUAAUUCGUCCAGACUGGAAAGUAAGAGGUGGAAAUAUAAGAAAGGAAUUGUGGAUGAUGGUAACACCUAGAGUUGUGGAAGAAGCAAGAAAGCACUUCAACUGUCCAUACCUCGAAGGUGCUGAAUUGGAAGAUCAAGGUGAGAAUGGAACCUGGCUUACACAUUGGGAGAAACGACUCUUUGAAAAUGAAGCAAUGACAGGAACUCACACACAAAAUCCUGUUUAUUCUCAUAUUACUCUAGCUCUAAUGGAGGAUACUGGUUGGUAUGCUUCCAAUUAUCAAAUGGCACAACAGUUUGAUUGGGGUAAGAACUUAGGCUGUGACUUUGCAACUAAAAGCUGCAAACAUUGGAUAGAUGUGCGCAGAACUCGUGGAUGGAGUAUUCAUCCUUACUGUGAUAAAGUGAAAAGAGAUCCUCUAGAGACAGAAUGUACUGACAGUAGAGAUGCUGUGGCCUUGUGUAACUUGGUACAGUAUGACAGGCCACUCAGACGUGAGUUCCAGAACUUUGACUAUAUACCUGGGAUUCCUGAUGAAGAUGUAGGGAAGUAUGGAGGCUCAGUAGUUUUGGCCGAUUAUUGUCCUUAUGUUCAGGAAUUCACUUGGCAAUCCAAUGAUGUAGCAGUUCGUGGAUCUAGGUGCCAGUAUGGAGAGAACACUCCUGUUCCAGAGAAAAAUUUUGCUCUAGAAUAUUAUGGUCCUUCCUCAAAGUGUUUUAACCACAACAAGGAGAUGUGGGUAGAACGAACAUGUCAACAGGAGAGACAUUGGCAGCAUUGGGGAAGUGGGUGUUAUCAGUAUCAUUGUUAUGGUGGUCGGUUACAUGUAGAAGUAGCUAACAAAACCUACACUUGCUAUCAGGAGGGACAGGAUAUCAAAAUACAACGUUAUGUUAAUGGCUGGUUGCAUAUUGGCACUCUUGUUUGUCCUUCGUGUGAUGAACUAUGUGAUAGAUUAGGAAUGAAGUGUAAACCUGGUAUCAUCAAAGCUGCCUCAUUUUCAUCUAAUGACAAACACUACUUCAAAGACAUUUUGAUAUGUGGAUCAUCUUCUGUGGAAUUGUUCAACUUGAGAACCUUGAUUCUUUUGGUUUUAGUGGUGAUGUGUAUAACAAGAUGAUGAUAACAGUAUCUUUAAGAUUGAUCAGAUGCAACCAGUUCCAGCUCUAAUAGUAACAAACAUAAUGUAGCCUUCAGCCUCGAACACAAACUUCCAUCAGUUGAGUCGAGUGACUUUAAUAAAUUAGUGUAGAAAUGUCUCAAGUUAGAGCUUUCAGUACAUAAAUUGUAAUUAUAUAUAUAUAAAAAGAAGCUGAUAUUUGCUUUGUACAUGUAUAAGUAAUAAUCAACACCUUCUUAUCGACACACAGUUUCUCAAUUUUAUGAAAGUGAAGUUCUGUAAAAGUUAUUUAUUGUUUAUUUAAAAAUAUUACAAACAGUUGUACAUGUGGUCUAGAACUGUUUUAUGUGUAUACAGGUAUUUUCUAUGAUUAUGUUUAUUGAUGUAUAUAUAUAAUAUUAAGGCAUAAAAAUAUAUUUAAAGUUGUUUUAGAUGUGAUUACAUGAUUAUUCUCUAGCAGAUUUACUAAAUUUUUGGUCAUAAUUGAUAACAUUUGUUUUGAUUCAUAUUUUUCCAUGAACUGCAUAAUUGCAUUUUGAAUAUGAUUUUUACAUAAUAAUAAUAGAAAGUGUUAAACAUUCCAUUUCAGAAGAGACUAACUUCGGAGCUUUGGUGUCUAGAGUAUUUGGAAAUGUAGUUUACCCAGAACAUAUCAUUGUGUGUAAUGUACGAAUAUGAUAUAGCUGUUUAAAUUUUGUAUGUUAUCUUUUAACCUUAAUUUUGGAAUACUUUAGUUUGAAAAUUUUUAAUGAAAAUGCAAAUCUGUGAUUAAAAUAUUUCUAGCAUCAUCCAGCAUUAGUGAAAGGAAAUCAUUUUCUAAAUUAGAUUUCUUAGGUUAUGAAUUCACUAAAAACCACACAAAACUGCAGAAGAAAAUUAAAGGGCAAAAGUGGUUUAAAAUGUAUAAUUGAUUACAUUUCUUGUUAAAUAGACUUUUUUUUAUGGCCAUAAUCAGCUCCUAGACUUUUGCUCAUGAGUAAACACCCAGCUUUGUCAUUCUUUUCAACUUAUGUACAAAAUGAGUUGAAAUUGAAAUAUUUACUUACUUUAGAAUAUUUCUAAGUCACUAUAGCCUUCUACUCUUGAUAAAUUGAUUAAUGCAGGAUUUAUAUAAUUAUAAAAAUGCAACUUUUGGCACUGUUAUCUUGAUACACUGUCUUAUAGUUAGCUUGACUAAACAAUAAGAUGGUAAAUACGUAUGUUUUACUGUAAAUAUAAUUUUGAUGAAGUUUUUGCUUGUGCUGGAGAACAUCUCAAAUGAUUAGUUUACAUCAGACAAAACAGUUUUUGUCUUAUUAGUUCUUGAAUAAUAUGCUGUUAUUUCAUAGGAAAUAAAGCAGAGUAAAUGUUAUAUUGGUUAACAUUUGUGAAUAUGUGUUCAGCUGAUCGUUUCCAGAGAACCAAUUAUUCUCUACAACUUGUAAAUACAUGUGGAAGCUUUUUUCAGCUGCAGCAGCACUCAUUUUUACAAAAAAAGUGUUUUAUAUAUAAACUAAAUUAAAUUAUUAUUCUUGGUGUGAAAUUUGAAAGUGCUCUGUGUUAGCUGUCACAUUUUCCUUCGACUAAACAUGUUUAUUUAGUUUAAUAUUUGUUCAGCCUAAUCAUUUAUGUACAUAGAAAGAGAUAUUCUCUAACUGUUUUUGUUUAAUUUGAAUUAUUUUUGUCAUAAUGACCAGAAUCAGUAUGGAAUGCUUGUUACUGUUCUUCUACUGAAAUUAUCAUUAUAAUAUAAAUUACCAAAUUCUGAGACUAUUAUAGAAUGUAUUGUCAUUUUAGUUUACCAAUACUUUAUAAUGAGAACAGACUGGAAACAUUUACGUUUUCAUGGUCCCAUUAUCUAAAGUACCAUUUGAGACAACUAGAUUUAGAAUGAGAUUCCCCAUCACAAUAAGACAUUAAUGUUUACUUUAUUACUUCUUUAUUUUAAGUUUUAUUGUAAUUGUUUUUGUUGAAGUAAUUUUUUCAGAUUUAGUUAUAAAGAGGUGAUACAAGUACAUAAAGUAAGCAGAUUUUGUGAAAUAUAACAUGAAUAAACAGAUGAUAGUCAAACUCUUAAGGACAUUUGAUGGUUUUAUUGGGAAACUUUUCUCUCAGGUAAUACAGAUUUACAACAGUUCAUUCGUCUGCUAAGUGUCGUGUUACAUACGCAUGUUUAAUAACUUGAUAAUGAGGAAAGAAUGUGUUGUUGGCAAUGAAAAACAGUUCCAUCUUUAGUUGCCCUUGUAUUCAAGUCACUUGCAAGUAGUGUGAUCAAUACAUGUUUUUUGUUUUUGUCCAAUUUGAGAUAGGGUUUAUUAUAAUCUUUAGAUUAGUGAGCUUAUUCUGAAGUUUUCGACAUGGAAAAAAGAUAAAAAUCUUAAUAAGAGCUCAAAGUUUUGGAUUCUAAUACAUAUUAAAUUAAGAAAUUAUAUCUCCAUUGGUUAAUAAACUGUUUUUUUGUAUUUGAUUUAUUGAGUUAUUUCUUAAGUUUAUUAGGAUAAGUUGCAAACUAAAUGUUUUAUUUCUAACAGAAAUAUUGAUGCUGUAACUUAGUAGUAUAGAAUAUUCUGUGUGAACAAAUGUAGUACUUGUAAUUUUUGGUAAUAUUUGAAAUUUGUAUAUCUGUUAUCCAGUUGGCUUUAGAAUUAGAAAUGAAAUCCUCCGAAAAUAUUAGCAAAAAUAUUAUAAUUAUCUUCCUCUGUCAAACAGUAAGUUAUUAUGCAAAAAAAAAAUUUGCAAGCCAUAUGAGUGACUUACUUAGUAAGUUAAUCAGUAAUUACAUUUAGUUUUUAUUGCUGUUUCUUUUAGUAGUUAAUGUUUUUAAAAAGUUGCAGGAAACAUUCUAAAAUAGGGCAGUCUCAUAAAAUAAUCAUUUGUUUCUAAGGCCAUACUAUUAUACUUGAAAUCUUAAGUAACUUACAUUAUUAACUAUUUAUAGAUAUUAUAUUCAUAAUACAAAACUUCUAUAAGUGUCCACAAACUCAGUUGCAAGGUUCUAUUUAUUUAAAAAAAAAGAAAAAAUUCUGAUCCAAAUAAGUGGAACAGUUGAAGUUUGUUUACCUUUAUGGUGCAUGAUUAUAUCAUUAAUUUAACUUUUAUUCUAUUUAUAUGAAUAUAAAAAUAUGUUUGUUAAACAAGACUAUAUAACAACCUAGUGGUAAACAAAAUUUAGAAAUGUAUUUUUAUUUAUUCCAUUGGUGUCAAAAUCCUUUGGAUUCAUUAACACAUGGAUACCUACAGUUUUCAGUUUUCUAAAAAAAACAUAUGUGAAUUUCCAGUUCAGUAAAACAACAACAAACUUGUGUUUUCAUAUAUCAGCUUCACCACCAAAGAAUGAGACAAAAAGUUGCAUUAAUACCCACUCCAGUUGUUUUUUUUUCAUUUAAAUGUUUCAUUAAGCUUAGUCACUUCAUUUUUAAAACUCAUUUGUGAAUUGUUAAAUCAAAAAAGUAGCUCAUAUUUUAAUUAAUCAUUUAAAUGUUAAUGUGUAAUAAUGUAAUACUCCAUGUUUGAUAUUAAAUAUUAACUUUUUAUGAAUGGGAAAAGGUUUUUAGAUCCUAGUUCUUGGGGACCAGAUUAUAAUUUGGAGAACAGACUCUGCCAUUUGAUACUUCUCAUAUAAAUCCACCAUCCAGAAUAGCUAAAAUGAGAAACUACAGUUCCAUGACCAAAUUUACUAACUUUUACUUGAAGUUCUGAAUUGGAUAUUCUUCUGAGUUCUUAAGCAGCAUGAAAUGAACUUAUUAAUAUUAGUGUAUAUAACAUUUAAACUUUUUAUAUAAAGUCCACACUUUUUUGGUGAAUCCUCCUUUUGAGAUAGUCUAUGGAAGUAAUUGAUUGAUUUAUACUAAGUUACAAAAUGUGAAUUUAUCAAACACAGUUUAUGAGUUCUGGAAAAUGUACUUCAUUAACUCUGUUUAGUUUUAUAUGCAAGCAAUGCAUGGUUAGUCCAUGUUGAAAAACAAGCAAUUUGUUGCAAGCAAUAAAAGAAUAAUUAAAACUAUGUAAACAAUUUUCAGCACAACAUGUCCAACUAUCUUUUGUUUUUGAAAAUAUUUUGAAUCAUGCCUUUUAUGUUGAUACAAAAUUAUUACUAUUUUGUGAUGGAUUUUUAAAAGUUUCCACCCUGGAACAAAACAACUUCAAAUUCAGCUACGUAUGUUAUACGAAUGUGCUUGAUAAUGAUUCAUUUGUGGUCUGUGAAAAUAUACAUGGUUCAUAACCAUUCUGAACACUACACAGAAACAAAGACAGAAACUUGUUUAGGAUCAUGAAAAUGAUAUUAUAUUUACACAAAAAAUUAUUUUAUGGUUUUCUUUUAAUAUUUGUAUGUUGCUUACAUAAAAUCAAAUGUUGCAGCUUUGAGGUAAAAUGUAUUUGUUGGUAAUUUCCAUCAUAUUGUAAUCAUUUAAAGGUAUACAAAUGGAAAAUAUCAAAGAGCUUGUCACAGUUGAAAAGGUUUGUAUAUUGAAUUAUUGCUUUCACCAAAUAGACAGUAGUGUUUCUGUUUUUUGCAACUACUCAGAAAUUUUACUGCAUGAUGUUAAUGCAAUAUACUACCACUUUUCUGAUAAACCUAGGUACAAGCAGUAAUAAUUGUAACAUAACCUAUAAAUAUAGCAUUAAGGAAGGGAUCAAGUGAAUUCCCAUAUUUGCAUCACAUAAUUAAAUAUAUUCAACUGACACUCUCAAUAUAUUUCAAACAUUUAAUUUUAUAAAAGAUAGUGAAAUUGUCUUUAUUAAGACUUACGAUUUUCUUUUGGAAAAGCAUCGUAUGCUAGUCUCAGUUUAAAGAGAAAAUUCAUUUCAUAAAAUAUUAAAUGAUACUUAGCAUGCGACCAAUCUUAAAUACUGGAUUUUAUUAAUGGAAGACAGUAUAGAAUUAGUUUUAUAAUUGAUGUGAAUAAAAUAUAU